UGAGAGAGAAAAAUGCAAUGGCUCUUGAGGUCAGCGCAGAGUCUGCUAUAAAUGUAUUGCAACAGACUUUCGUGACUCUACAGCAGCGCCUGCAUAGUGAGCUCAUCUCUACAGGGACAACAUGAGCGCGUCUGUGGCCGUGUACAGGAAUAUUUACACGGAGGACCGCUUCAAACAGGCCUACGGCUCCGAUGAUAACACGAGUGGAGGUUUGCGGCUUCGGGAAAAGCUCGCCGGCAGGUGCAGGUGUUCAAGACGAGCCUGCCUUCACCUGUUGAGGGAUAGACUGCCCAUUUUUAACUGGUUGCCAAAAUACAGACUAAAGAAAUGGAUUUUAGGAGAUACUAUUGGGGGACUGACAGUUGGUAUUCUUCACAUUCCGCAAGGCAUGGCCUUCGCCUUACUCACAUCAGUGGCACCAAUAUUUGGCCUUUACACCUCCUUCUUCCCUGUGGUCCUCUAUAUGUUUUUUGGCACAGGUCGCCAUGUGUCCACAGGUACCUUUGCUGUGGUGAGUCUGAUGACUGGCUCUGUAGUGGAGCAGCUGGUUCCCACUCCUCUGGACAUGAACUCAAGUUCGUCUGAAGCGGCCGACUUUGAGGCUCAGAGGAUUGGCGUUGCCUCAGCUGUAGCACUUCUCUCAGGAAUUAUUUUGCUCUGUAUGUUUGGUCUUCAGCUGGGCUUCCUCUCCACCUAUCUGUCAGAGCCAAUUGUUAAGGCUUUCACCAGUGCUGCUGCCUUCCAUGUUACAGUCUCACAGAUGCAAAGCAUGCUGGGGCUGCGGCUCCCUCGCCACACUGGGACCUUCUCCCUCUUCAAGACUUUAGCAUCAGUGAUGGAGAACCUGCCUCACAGCAACAUGGCUGAGCUGCUGAUCUCCUUGGUGUGUUUGGCUGUUCUGGUGCCAGUUAAGGAGGUCAACAUGCGAUACCGGCAGCGCCUUCGUACACCAAUCCCCGUGGAGAUCCUCACGGUGAUUAUUGCUACAGGUGUGGCCUAUGCCUUCUCGCUGGACUCGACAUACAACAUUGAGAUAGUUGGCCACAUUCCAGCUGGAUUCCCAAAGCCACGGAUGCCUGCCUUGCACACGUUCCCUGACAUCGCUGGAGACACAGUAGCCAUCACAUUUGUUGGUUACGCUGUGUCGGUCUCACUGGCAAUGAUAUAUGCCGAUAAACAUGGCUAUUCCAUACAUCCCAACCAGGAGCUCCUGGCUCACGGUAUCUCCAACACAGUGUCUUCUUUUUUCACCUGCUUCCCCAGCUCAGCCACUCUUGCCACCACUAACAUACUCGAGAGUGCUGGAGGAUACACACAGCUCUCCGGCUUGUUCACAAGUCUGGUUGUUCUGAUUGUCCUGCUGCUGAUUGGACCGCUCUUCUACUUCCUACCAAAGGCAGUCUUGGCAUGCAUCAACGUCACCAGCCUCAGGCAGAUGUUCCUGCAGUUCCAGGACUUACCUGAACUGUGGAGAAUCAGCAAGAUUGACUUGAUGGUUUGGGUGGUAACCUGGCUCUCUGUGGUGGUACUCAACGUGGAUCUUGGCCUCGCUAUUGGAGUGGUUUUCUCUAUGAUGACCGUCAUCUGCCGGACACAAAGGGCCGGUUGUUCAGUGCUUGGUCGGGCCAGCAACACAGAAAUUUACAGACCUCUGGAGAACCACAACAAGUGCUAUGAGGUACCUGGUUUGAAGAUCCUGACUUACAACGGGCCUAUUUACUACGGCAACCGUAGCUUCUUCAGGGAGGACAUGAGCAGGCUGCUGGGCCUGACGCCAGAGAAGAUCCGCAGCCGGGAGAAAGCUAGGAAAGCCCUGGAGAAAAGAGAGAGAGAGGCCACCGUCAGCACGGUGGAAAGAGGCAUCGCAAACACAUCGUUCUCUUCAGAAAAUGACUUCUUUAAAUCUGAAACGUCUGAGAGUGAUGUUCAGGCUGUGCUAAUCGAUUGCAGCAGUGUGACAUUUGUUGAUGUCGCUGGAGCAAGACUCUUUACACAGAUGUGCACUGAAUGCCAGAAAGUUGGAGUUCAUGUAUAUUUGUCAAACUGCAAAGAGAGUGUCUUAAAGAUCCUAACAUCAAGUGGUCUUAUGACCUACAUGAACCCUCAACAUAUUUUCGUGACUGUUCAUGAUGCAGUGAUGUAUAUUGAGCAGCAGAAGGAAAAACCUCCAGAAAACACCACGACUGUUUGGGUAUGAGCCAGAAAGUGAUGAGUCAUGCUCCCAAAAAGGCAGAGGACAAUAAGACUUCUACAUUUUGUUUUCUACGCAUGGACUAUGUCUCUCAGCUGUGUAGCAGUGAUCCAGCAUUUGGUCCAGUGUUCAUUAUAUACCACUGUUUCCAAGAAGCAGUAGCCUGUUGUAGCACUAUGUGAAGAAUGACAAUAAUUACAACUUUACAGUGUUGCCAGUUUUCUCACAGAUAUUGGACUCACUCAUGGCACACUUUACAAUACAGAGGGCUUUAAAUUAUGCAGCUACAAGAGACAAUAUACACAUAUAUUUAGUGUUAAAAAAAGAAAGAAGAAAAAACAAAUAUGUAAUUUUUGACUUAUGACUAUAAAACUGUAUAUGAAAGAUGUUAAUAGUUAAUUGUUUUGUCUUUUAAUGUCUUAUAUGCUGGAAUAUUAGCAGUGAUAUUUAUUUAGUUUAUGUUAGUUGUUUGCAAUACAGAUACAUAUAAAGUGCACUGAAUAGUUUGUUAAAAUACUUUUUUGUAUUUAUAUAUUUUGAAAUAUGUGCUUGAAUAUGCAACUAUGUACAGUAAAGAUCUCAUACUGCCUUAAAAUGUUCUGUCUUUUAACUCUAGAGAGACUGCACAUAAUAUUGUAUGAAUUACUUUUGUAUUUGUCAAAAACUGUGCCAUCCAGUGGAUGUUUUGACAAUAAAUAUAGCUUCAAAAACAGAACUUCUUGGUGAUUCAAAAUGAAAUGUAAUAAAUGUCAGAGAAAACUGGGUUGUAGGUUUCUAUAUCAAUUGGGUUACUGUACUGUGGUUAUUAAGUAUAAAUACAUUUUAGGGGGAAACACAGUGUGGAAUGUGAAGCAUGCUUCUCUGUUGGAAUUUGAAAAGAGAAGAAGAGCAGUCUUUGUAUUUGUUGAGAGCUGCACUGAGAUAUGACAAA